AUGGCUCCUUCCAAUGGAGACUUGGAACUCAAGUUUCAGAGGAAUUUAUCAUCUACACUAAUAAAAGAGAAAAAUGUUGGAUUUCCUUGGCCCGGGGGAGGCCUGACCCCCUCAGCACCACCCUACGGAGCCGGUAAACAUGUCCCACCCCAGGCAUUUCCCCCGUUCCCCGAGGGACACCCAGCCGUGUUGCCUGGGGAUGACCCACCCCCCUACUCACCUCUGACCAGCCCAGACAGUGGGAAUGCCCCCAUGAUCACCUGCCGAGUCUGCCAGUCUCUCAUCAACGUGGAAGGCAAGAUGCAUCAGCAUGUAGUCAAAUGUGGCGUCUGCAACGAAGCCACCCCAAUCAAGAAUGCACCCCCAGGGAAGAAAUAUGUUCGGUGCCCCUGUAACUGUCUCCUUAUCUGCAAAGUGACUUCCCAGCGAAUUGCCUGUCCUCGACCCUACUGCAAAAGAAUCAUUAAUCUGGGGCCUGUGCACCCAGGACCUCUAAGUCCGGAACCUCAGCCCGUGGGUGUCAGGGUCAUCUGUGGACAUUGCAAGAAUACUUUUCUGUGGACAGAGUUCACAGACCGAACCUUGGCCCGUUGUCCUCACUGCAGGAAAGUAUCAUCAAUUGGACGCAGAUAUCCACGAAAGAGAUGUGUCUGCUGCUUCUUGCUUGGUUUACUCUUGGCAGUCACUGCCACUGGCCUUGCUUUUGGGACAUGGAAGCAAGCACGGCGAUAUGGAGGCAUCUAUGCAGCCUGGGCAUUUGCCAUCCUGUUGGCUGUUCUGUGUUUAGGGCGGGCCCUCUAUUGGGCCUGUAUGAAGGUCAGCCACCCUGUCCAGAACUUCUCCUGAGCCACAGGAUGACCCACAGACUGUGCCUGGCCCCUCCCUGGUGGGGACAGUGACAC